GUGUGAUUGCUGUGUCCAUGACGGAGAGACUUUCUCUUGAAGAACGGAUCGAUAACUCCACUAAACUCCUUUUAAACCCGUCCUACAUUCUCUUCUGGAACUUCACUGACCCUAUAAAUCCCCAGCUGCAGCUGGAAUGUCCUGAUGAUGUUCUGUGCUUCCAGUUCUGUCCGUCCGACCCAAAUAUCAUCGCUGGCGGCUGCAUGAACGGCCAGGUAGUAUUAUGGGAUAUCUCCGCACAUGUGGAGAGACUGCAGGACACACGCAGCGGCAGCAAAAACAUUUCAAGCAAACUAGACAAAAACAGUGUGACUUCAGUGGUGCGGUACUGUGCUGUAUCUGGGAUAGAGAACGGACACAAAGCCCCGAUCACAGACAUUCAGUGGCUGUCAGAAACAUUUGAGUUGUCCAAAUUAGGGAUCCCAGUGGAAAAUCCAAGUGGUAUUUCUGUUCAGCUGGUGACAUGCGCUCCUGACUGCUGUGUGUUAUUCUGGGACCUUCGGCCUCCUCGUGUUGUGUCUCAGUCCCUCACGGACGUGAAACAGAAAUCGGAGGAAAAGCCUCUGGAAAACCCUCAUGGCAUUCCCAACACGUUCAAACACCUCAACCUAACCUGGAAACCCUUUAUCCGUGUCUCCUUACCAAAGAUUGGCUCUAGCGGUGAAUACAGUCCUCUGAAGUUCAGCUUGAGGGACAAUACAGUGGACUGUCCUACAGGAGACAGACCUCCACAGAACGCGGAUCGUGAGGAAGGCUGUGGGUUCGCGCAGCUCCGGGUGCCGUCGGCCAAACAGCAGAAACCUCUGGAGAACAUCAGCACCAAGCUGUACGUGGGGACGGAGGAUGGUGAACUCGUUUACACUGACUGGAAAAUGGACAAGGACAACGACUCCGGACGUCUGCUGAGCACUAAACCCAUCCACCGGCUCCUCGUACACGACACUCUGGUGAACACCGUCAGCCGCUCUCCGUUCUUCAGGGACAUCAUCCUGACGGUCAGCAGCUUCAGCUUCGCCAUCUGGAAGGAAGGGGUCACGAGCGGCCCAAUCCUCAUGUCGGCCUGCUCCAAGAUGCUGCGUACGGUGGGUCACUGGUCCCUGUCCCGGCCGGCGGUCUUCUUCAUCGGGAAGGAGGACGGAAGCAUCGAGGUGUGGGACCUGCUGCAAAACAGCCACGAGCCCUCGCAGAGCCAGAACAUCAGCAGCACCGCCGUCACCUGCAUCAGCACCAGCAGCAUCUCCUCCAAGCAGCAUCUUCUGGCGGUUUCAGACCGUCUCGGGACGCUGCACAUCCUACAGAUCCCCUGGACCCUGCGCAGAUCCUCCAACAGCGAGAGGCAGAUUGUGAAGAAGUACUUUGAGAAGGAAGAGGAACGGCUGGAGUAUUUCGAGAAACGCCAGAUCAAACACGAGAAGGAAAAGAAAGAGAUGGAAGCCGAACAACAGAGGAAGAAGACGGAGCCGGCGAUGCCACUGAAACAGGAAGAGGAACUGGAGGCAGAAGCGCUGAAGGAAUACGAACAGUUUCUGGAUCUGGAGAAGGUCAUUUUGAAGAACAUGGGCCUCCUGACUGAAACAGAGGACAGAUCAGACCUGUAACACAGUAACAUCAUCAUUAAACUCUAGAACCAGCUUAUCUGCUUUCAUACGGACACAUCCAGCCACUAAUGUACAAUAUUGAUCAAGUUCAGCCCGGCUCAUAUUGAUUCAAUAGAUAGGCUACUAAACUUCCUUUUUAAGCAGCGUACGUGACAAGAAUUCACACGCAAAGCAGGUUUGGUCGACAUAUAGAAGACUUUCAAGUCUACUUUAUAAAAUGCAUUUCUAUGGAGCAU